ACGAAGAGCCUCCCCACCACAAUUAACGGACCCUUGUUGCCUGGUCAUCUCAAAGUUGAUUUUGGUGAUUUAGUAGCCCUUGAAAAAGCUUUUAAAGAAAAUGGAGAUCGGAUAGCUGGAUUUUUGUUCGAACCCAUCCAAGGAGAAGCUGGGGUUGUUAUUCCCCACGAUGGUUAUUUAAAAUCUGUAAGAGAGCUUUGCUCAAAAUACAAUAUUUUAAUGAUUGCUGAUGAAAUCCAAUCUGGCUUAGCUAGAUUGGGAAAAUUGCUGGCUUGUGAUUGGGAAGAAGUUCGCCCAAAUGUAGUGAUAUUAGGAAAAGCCUUGGGUGGUGGAGUGAUCCCUGUAAGUGCAGUUCUUGCAGACAAAGAUGUGAUGCUCUGUAUCCGGCCUGGAGAGCAUGGAAGGUUUUUGAGAAGAGAUGGCACUAGCUUAAAGUUUUUGCUUUGGCUACAAUCUGAGAUUGAGACACUCUAGAAAAGUUCUUAAAGGAAAAGAGAUGACCCAUUGGUAAUUUUUCUAGCUAUUUCAAUAUUUUUGAGUCUCCUAUGCAUAUAAGUCUUUUUUAGCUUUAAUUUAUAUAUGUACAAGGAAAAGAAGAAACAAAAACAUUAUAAAUAUUUUCAAAUGUGUGACUUGGUACUUUUCUUAGCUGUUUUUUUUUUCUUUCUACUUAAGUGGUGCUUAUUCUUAUUUCAAUACUUUUUUGUUGUGUUGUUUGGUCUCCUGAGGCACGUUAAAAAGAAGACUAUAAACUCAUUAAAUUAUGUACUAAGGAGUGUUGGGAGCAAUGAUUUGUAAUUCUUGUUAUUCUCUAUAUAUAUGCGUGUAAAUAGAAUUUUGUUACUGUAAAUAAAAUUCUGAUACACUUGAUUAAUUUAUUCUAUUUUCUAAUAAAUAUUUUAUUUGACAAAUUCUACAAUUGGAAAUCAAGAGAAGGUUUGAUUAUGCUAGUCUAGUGUCUUCAUUAAUCACUUAUUUUCACCAAAUUUAAUAUUUUCCAAUUAUACAUGCUUCUAUUUCACCAUAUUUAAUAUGUUCUAAUUAAUAAUUAUACAUGCUGGAGGUCAUUUAAACAAUACUUUUUGUUAAUAGCUAUUAGUUAGAUGGCCUCCGGCUAAUGCCCAUUUAUGGUGGUUGCAACUAGAGACAUGAUAAUUGGUGGUACUAUCAAUUUUCUGGUUCCUCUUACUUUUUCGAUUAAGUUGAUUUGUGUUGUCUAAAGUUAUUGCUUGUUUUAUUGAAUUAGUCUUAGAUGUGUACACUUAAAUAUAGAGCUCACCACAAGAUUAAGUAGAUCUUAUCUGAAUGUACGACCUUAUGAAAUAUUUUUGAGAUUUCAUGCUAGACUUGUCUAAUUUUUGCAAACCCAUUUCUUCUUAUAAGUUAAAUCACUAUACUUGUUGAUGAAAUAAGUAGUCAAAAAUGUCAGAUUCAUAGUCUUGAGUACUGGAUUCUUAACAUUUACUUGGCCAGGCAGUCUCUUGGUCAUUUCUUUUAUGUAUAUCCUAUCUUGAUAGAAAUAUUUUCAUAUAUAAUCAACUAACAUCAUGAAACAUUCAUAUUAGUUGCUCCUCUGUUUUUGUAUAAUUGUUGAAUGUACAAAAGUAGAGAAAAUAUUUUGCGCUCUCUCUCUCUCUCUCUCUCACAGAGUCUAUCAACUCUCUCCAUCACGGCUGCUCUGAAAUCAACUCUCUCUCUCUCUCAUAGCUAAAGCAAGACCCAGUCUGCAAUGAAGACACGGAGUGUGUUGGUUUUGUUAGAAUUGGAAGUGAAGAUCAGAUCAUUGUGGCUGGUACAAUGAAGCAACUUCAAUUGCAUGUUUUUUUCUUAUCAAAUAGUACUGUAGGAGUGUGCAACUACUCAAAUUUUGACGUGUUAUUAUGUAAAAAAUUAAACUCUUCAAUAUUUUGUGUUGAAAGUAGUAACUUUUCAAUAUAUUUAAUAUUUAAGACUACUUGAAUACUUAAAGAACAUUUUGUUAUUGAUGACAGUGUUGAAUGUUUUAAACUAAUU